AUGACUCUAAUCAAGGAUUUCAGGCUAUGCCAUGGUUUAUUGUUUGAUCAAAGCGGUGUGCGUCUUGCACAUAAACGUGCGGUUCAGGCAAAUUGGUCCAUCGAAGAAUCACCAAAGACGAGACCUUCUGUACAGCUUACAAACAUUCACAGAACACGAGAUACCUUUGUAUAUGCAAAUAACCUUGCACUUGAUAAAGAGAGAACUCUCUUUAAUCCCCCGAAACCAUUUUCUCGUUUUAAAGAAAACAAUCCCUUGUAUGAUGAGACGCCUGAUAACGCAGUUAUCUUCCGGAUAGACAAAGAAUUGUGGAAUAUCAAUCUCACACGUGAAGAUAUCAAACCGACCGAUGAAUUUGUUGAAGCAAUAAAGAAAGCGAUUGAACAUAAUACACCGCUUAGAGCAUUGGAUGAUGUAUUCUCUGAAUACGGAUAUUGGAUGAAUUGCAAAGUUAAAGUGGGUUGCAGAUUAGAACGUUUUAUUCAAUUUCAGACUUCGGCGCUCGGAAACGAAUACGAUCACGAGGAUGUUGAAUUAUUUCAAACAGAAUGGAUAGGCGAUGAGAGCUUGGAUCGCGAAAAUGGUGCAUACAAGGAAAUUUGCGCUGAAUGGUCAAAGAGAAUACAUCCCCUUAGGAGUAGCUACUUACUUUCCGCUGACAGUUCCUUAAUCAGAAUUGAGAAAAUAGGCGAAUGGUUAGAAUACAGUCCGACAACAGCUAGCCAAUGGAGCGUGAUUGAAAGAGCCGACUUUGUUCCGACUUAUAAAUUGCUGGAUGAAUCUUUAAUUGCCAAGGUCGAAAGGUUAUUCAGUGACGAAACAGAAGUACUUAUGACUGGUGAAUCACCGAUAGAUUGUCAGUGCGCUGAUAUCUGUCAAGUCAAGUUCUUUAAACCGUUAUUGAGCGAUGCAUAUAAGGUUGAUGGGGAUGUCUACAACAGCGGGAAAAGAUGUGAUGUAGCUGUAACACUGUAUUUUGCCAGCAUUUAUGGAUUUUCUCUUGAAAUUGAAUGGGAUGAAUUUCCCAAAGAAGUUGAAGUUAUGUAUGUCAAAUGGAAGUUGACAGGCAAUCGUGCUAAGAUUG